AAUUCGCCCUUUCGAGACCCAAAAGAAAUGCAAGUCCUAUCAUGCCACAUGCAAGGGACCCCUCGCGAUCACAAAGGUGAACCCUGCUGAGGUCCUGCGGGUUCCAACCACGACCCCCAACAAUGGUCCGGCUUCAGCACCCCAACUAGCAUCCUCACAGUCACGGCAGAUAAGGGGGGACCAACCGCUAACUGAGGAAAGCACAACUCCCGCCUCGAGGACCGAUGAUGCCACCAAAAGGACCAGCCCCAUCUCUAGAAUCCCCAUGCUGGACCCUGCUGUGAAGGGGAUCACUGCCACCUCCCAGGUCAAUAACCUCACCAGACGCCUCAACAACCAGGGCCCCGCUGUCGGGACGGCACCUACCGCAGUGGGAAACGUCACCCAAGCCUCUGCCAGCAGGAGACCUGUCACAUUGUCCCAGGUCGCCCGGAAACUCUCUGAGCCGAGACGUCUCAGUGCCUCCUCGAUGCCCAACCAGCAUGACCCCAACCCAAGAAGAAUCAGUGCCCUAUCGCGCAUGGCCAAUCAAGACCCUGCCCCCGGAGGCACCAACGCCGGCCCUCGGUGCACCCUGCAAGCACCAACCACAAGGGGAACCAACGCGACUCCUCAGCCCGCACCGCGAACACCACCCGUCGGGGGGAACAGGGACCGCCCCCCAGACUGCCCCGCACACUUCUACCAUCAGAGGAGCCAACACCACGAUCAGACCACAGCACCAGAUCCCCAUUAUCAGAGGGACAGGCAUGGCCCCAAAAGACACCAGGCUGAUCCCCGCCGCCAGAAGGUCAUGCGCUCCUACAGCAACCCCCCAAACGACAGCUGCACGCGGAAGACCGGGCGUCACCCCCGCAUCCACCAACCCGAACCAGGUCUCACCAACAACCAGUAAUGAUGCUACCCCACCGGUGACUAUGCUUCGGGAACCAACCGGAAGGUCCCCUGAGCCGCAAGUGAGGCAACCCGUUGAUCAAGCAGCGAACUCACUACCCACGCAGACCGAGGAACCCGAGGACCGGCAGCCGACGGUCCGGCAAGCCAUGCCCUGGCAGGCUGCCUGGAUGAGAAGCUGCAAGCAGCAGCCUCCUUUGAGGAAUUCGACCCGCUCAUCGAC